AUGGUUUUUAAAGUUCCUAAAAAACAUUUUAAGAAUAGCAAAGCGAAAUUAAUCGAAUCUCUUAGGAUGGGUAUAGAAUGGGCAGAGCAAUCGGUCUAUGAUCGGGCGGUAAAUAUAACAGGUAGGCAUAAGAAAGACGUGGGACAUAGAGCGAAAUGGUCAAGACAUCACGAAGUUAAUGCACGUUUGGGAUCGUUACAAGAGGCAUUAUGGGUCAUUGCUUGGUGA